AUGGCGAUGCUACUCUUGUCCGCUCAAAGCCAGUGUGCGAAAUGCUUUGGAGAGCUUGAGCGUAGAAAUGAAGGCAAGAUCCAAAUCUGCUUUGCCUGUGAUCAAGAGUAUAGUGUUGAAACUCUGACCGCCCUACACCGGAAACCAUCAGUCAACCAGAGCACUUGA